AAAAGCACCACCAUUUCCAUUUUUGCGGUUUCCAACUUUUCUCUUCCUCUCUUCAAGCUAAGCUCGGAUCUUCACCUUCGUCGCUGGUAUUUUGACCUGAGAAGUAGAAGACUUCAGUGAAGUGUUUUAUCCCAGUAGUUGAUGGUCGUUCAUGACAAUAAUCAUGUUGAUAUGCCUUUUCUUGUGGUGCUAGAGCUGCUAAUCCGUAUCAGGACCUGUAGGAUUGAGCUUCAAAGUAAAUCACAUUAUGGAUCAAGAAGCGCAUUUCUGCCGGAAGUUCACAAAUAUGAAAUCCCAUUGGUGUAAUGGAAUUUUUAGGAUCUUGAUCAACUGCUGGGUGAUGCCAAUCAAGUAGGGGAAUUCCAUGCGGCAAACAAUCUGCCAAAUACAUCACAGAUGCAGAAGUUGCUGAAAAUUCUUUCAGACAGAAUAGGGGAUUACAAUUGGGAAACUUAAGUUCAGAGUGCAAGUCUCAGGGAUCAAGCAGGAGUGAUGCUGAUGCUUUUGGGAUAUCAGAAUUGUCAGCAGCAAUGAUAAUGGAGGCUGAAUACAAUGAUACACAUGUUGAGAGGGAAUUCACUCAUGAUUUGUGUGCUGGUACCAAUAGUAGUUGUGUAACACCACUCGAAGGAAGCAUCUGUGAUACAAUACUUGAUAAUAGAAAUAUCCAUAAAUUGGUAAACUUAAGUUCAGAGUGCAAGUCUCAAGGAUCAAGCAGGAGUGAUACAGAUGCUUUUGGAAUAUCAGAAUUGUCAGCAGCAAUGAUAAUGGAGACUGAAUUCAAUAAUACACAUGUUGAGAGGGGUUUCACUCAUGAUUUGUGUGCUGGUCUGAGGACCAAUAGUAGUCGUGUAACACCACACGAAGGCAGCAUCUGCGAUACAAUACUUGAUAAUAGAAAUAUCCAUAAAUUUAAUACUAAUGAAAGCUAUAUAGAAAAUCGUGAUUUAUCUGAUGAAAAUGUGAAGGGUGAUAUUGUGGCAAGCAAACUUGUCAGUUGUUCAAGGGAGAGGAGAUUGCGUAAGCCUACACGAAGGUUCAUUGAAGAAUUUUCAGAUUCUAAGUCUGAAAGUAACAAGGGAAGGAAAAAAACUCCUACAAAAGAUAAAUACAUGAAAGGGACAUCUACUGAAGAAUCUAGUCAUGUUAGCCAUGAGGUACAAGUGUCCACGCCUAAAGGUGAAUGGCAUUGUGGUACUUCUGUUCCAGUGCAGUCUCGAUCUCAAAGAAGACAUCCAAAGAAGCAUGUACCAGUUUUGGGAUUUCUAUCAGAAGACGUAUAUUCUGCAACAGAAUGUAAAAAUGUUUAUUCAUCUGCUAAAAGAUGUAAAAAGCAUGAUAGGAGGAAGCACCAGAAGAUGUGGACCCUUACUGAAGUAAUGCAAUUAGUUGAUGGAAUUGCUGAAUAUGGAACUGGCCGCUGGACUCAUAUAAAGAGGCACCUAUUUGCACAUUCUCCUCAUCGCACACCUAUAGAUCUCAGGGACAAAUGGCGAAAUCUUCUGAGAGCUAGCUGUGUUAACAUACAGAACAGAAAAGGGAUCGAACGGAAGCAAUCACAUGCCUCACGUCCACUUCCAAAGUCCCUGCUCCAACGCGUCUAUGAACUGGCCAAUAUUUAUCCAUAUCCAAAGGAGCGCAGUCCAAAAUCAGUCGAAGCAACUACACCUGCCCCGCAUCUUACUGAAAGUAAUGCUUUGCCAUUCAAUUGGGGGCGGAAGAAGGACGAAUGACAUCUACUUUGGAAACACCCGAAAGGCCUUUGCAGUGAAGUGGAAGUUCAAAUAAUACUUGUAAUUAGAUGUAAAAAGAUCUCUGUUUCUGUUUUGAUCCUAUUGU